AUGCCCCCACACGCAAACGUUUUGAAUCGAACGGAAAUGACAUGUGUAGGUAACCUCGAUGAAAACAUGCAGGUACAGGGUGAUGACUCACGUCCCGCUCGGGACAAGGCAAAGGAAAAUUUUGCACAGAAGGCAGCUCGCAAGGCAUUAGAGCGUCAAGAGAAGGACAGACGUAGUAAACAUAGAAGAUUGAAUCGAUAG